AUGGAGGGCGAGGGGGCACGUACCCCAAGGACAGGUAGUGGGUCCACCCAAGCGGGGCAGAGCUCCUCUCCGAGUGCUGCUGAAAAUGGCCCGGACCCUGAUGAGGAGCCUCUCCUCAGAAAAAAUCCCCGCCGGUUCGUCAUCUUCCCCAUUCAGUACCCAGACAUAUGGAAAAUGUACAAACAGGCUCAGGCCUCCUUUUGGACAGCAGAAGAGGUUGAUUUGUCAAAGGACCUUCCUCACUGGAACAAGCUGAAAGCAGAUGAAAAAUACUUUAUCUCUCAUGUUCUGGCAUUUUUUGCAGCCAGUGAUGGAAUCGUAAAUGAAAACCUGGUGGCGCGUUUUAGUCAGGAGGUGCAGAUCCCAGAAGCUCGUUGUUUCUAUGGCUUUCAGAUUCUCAUUGAGAAUGUUCACUCGGAGAUGUACAGCUUGCUCAUAGACACCUACAUCAAAGAUCCUGAGAAAAGGGAUUUCUUAUUUAAUGCUAUUGAAACAAUGCCUUGUGUCAAGAAGAAAGCAGACUGGGCUCUGAAGUGGAUUGAAGACAGAGAAUCCACUUUUGGUGAGAGAGUGGUUGCCUUUGCUGCAGUUGAAGGCAUCUUCUUUUCGGGUUCCUUUGCUGCUAUAUUUUGGCUGAAGAAGAGGGGCCUGAUGCCUGGACUGACUUUCUCCAAUGAACUUAUUAGCAGAGAUGAGGGUCUACACUGUGAUUUUGCUUGUCUAAUGUUCCAUUACUUAGUGAACAGACCGUCAGAAGAGAGGGUCCGUGAGAUCAUCAUUAAUGCUGUUGAAAUUGAGCAGGAGUUUCUAACAGAGGCGUUACCUGUAGGUCUGAUUGGAAUGAAUUGCACUUUGAUGAAACAAUAUAUUGAGUUUGUCGCAGACCGGUUACUAAUGGAGCUUGGGUUCUCAAAGGUCUUUCAUGCAGAAAAUCCUUUCGAUUUCAUGGAGAAUAUUUCUCUGGAAGGAAAAACAAAUUUCUUUGAGAAGCGGGUUUCGGAAUAUCAACGUUUUGCUGUUAUGGCAGAAUCAAUGGACAAUGUCUUCACUCUGGAUGCAGAUUUUUGAUAACUUGGCAAAUGAACGGUGACUGUUUCCCUCUUCCCAUCUCACAUUCUGCUGUGAAGUUGUCUCCAUUUCUUCUCCUGGAACUGGAGUCUACUUGGGAUUUUUUUCCCGGGUUUUCAUGUUGUUUGUCUGAAGAGUAAAUAUCUUCCGCUCUGUGUCAGUUAAAAAAAAAAAAGGGGGGGGGAUCCUUUUUAAAAAAUUUAUAUGGCUUUUUAAAAGGAUGGCCUUUUUAAGGUUCCUUUGACUCAUCUGCUAUGAUGCUGUCUUUAAAAAUUACCUGGAUACAGCUACUUUUCUAAGACUUUGGUAGUGUUUUAAGAAAGCAAAUUGUGUAUUUACCUCAUCUUACAGUAUUUUAAUCUGAAAACCAGAUGAGGUAUCACUCUAUGUAUAUAUGUUGCUAUAAAUUAUUUUCAUGGUUUCUAUUUUCAUGUUUGUAGAUUUGAUCUAGAGUAAAAGCUCUUCCCUUUCAUCCUGCUGCAGAGUAAUAAAUGAAUGUGGGGAGACAUUAAUACGGUAUGAACUAUAAAAUCUUAUUAAACCCAGGGAUACAGUUGAUCUCCCCAUUAACCUGGGUUCUGUCUGAAAACGGUUUUUACUCUGGUUGCAAACCUGAUGGCUGUUGGUAGGAGUUCAGAUCAAAUACAUAUGAUUUUUGUCUUACAGCUGUUAUUAAGCAGGUCAGUGAACCUUGAAUGGUCCUUGAAAAGGCAAUCCUGUGAAUAGUGGGGAAAAAAAACAUCCUGUAGUUUUUGGCUUGUGCUGCCUGUUUUUACCUGCUUCUCUGAACAUGUGCCUUAUUCAGCAGUCUGUAGUUGCACUGAGUUGCAGUUGGCAUCUGACACUGGAACAGCCAGCUCUGGGUGUUGUCUGUCUUCUCUCUGAUGUGCUGGGUGAUUUGACAUUAUCCCCUUCUUGGUUUCCCUUGUGCACUGAUGGGGUGAGAAGGCAUAUCAUUCCAAAUGGUUAUAUCCCUUGAAGUGCUACAAACAUACUACCUGUGCUGUAAGGAAGCACCAGUACUGUAUGGAGGUACUUCAAGUUGUAUGUUUAAUGUGAACCAUUGAAACCAUUGUCACAGAGGAGCUUCUGGAGGAAAGUAUUAAACCCUUCAAAAACAAAUCUUGAAGUAGUAUGGAUUAGCAGCAUCUUAAAAGGACUGCUGUUUGGGUUUUGGUGUGUUCCAGUGUAUGCCUGAAAACUUUAAUUCCUUGAUGUCCCAUGCAGAGAAUGGAGCAACUGAAGAAUGGCUAAUGUGCUGCAGAGGUACUUGGGAUGGAAGGGAUGCUAUUCACGUGUAGGUGGAUUAUUUGCAAAGAGAUACGCUCAUUUUUUUCAAAGGUGAAGUGAGUGUACAUGAGCCAGACAAAGGUUUCUGCUUUAUUAAACCCAAGCAUUUUUUUUCAUAA